AUGAAAAACUCAAACACAAUCUUUAUCCAAACAGAUCCUUCCAACUUUCGAGCCAUUGUUCAGCACCUUACCGGCAAACCCACCACCGCCGUCGCCGGCGCCGUCGAGAUCGCUCCUCCUAUGCCGCCGUUGAUCAGGCUCCAUAACCGGCGACAGACUAAUAAUUUGGAGAUUAAACUCGGGUCGGGAAUUCCUAUGAAUCGGGCCAAUGCCAUGAUGGGUUUUUCCGGUGAGAAAACGGUGAUGGUAUCUCCUGUAUCGCCGUUCGAUCUGUUUGGGCUACCGUCGCCGGCGCCGGAGGAGGAAGAGCAGAGGGCCAUUGCAGAGAAAGGAUUCUAUUUGCACCCGAGUCCACUCAGUAUGAAUCGGAGCUCCAAACCCGAAUUACUCAACCUGUUUCCUUUGCACUCAACCCGACAUCAUGACCCGUCUUCGUCCUAA